GCGAACGUAGUGGGCAUCCCCACUGGAAAGAAUACCCUCUUCUUUUCUUACCCAUUUGUGACCAGUGACAAUGAAACCCAUCUGUGCCUUGUCUACAGUAAUUGAGAAUGAAAUGAAGAGUUUGUGCCUGAGAGACUUUCCCUGCGGCAAAGGGAGCUGGCGGACAGAUGACACACAUGAGACAUCUAACAAAGAGGCCAACACAGAGGAACUGGGCUCGCUAAUCGACCUUCUUACCUGCUCACGGUCACCAUGGAAGUAUGAGGGAUCAUGGAGUGACCAAGUAGCAGCCCUUCGGGAGCAUUGUGUGCGGAAAUCUGAGUGUCUGAGUGACGACUUUGUGUAUACCUUUCUCACAUCCAUACGUGUGGUAGGUCAAAGGGUCUCACUCAUAGAUGAAGGGCUUCUGCAUUUCAGCAAACUGGAACAGCUAGUGCUUAGUGUCAACUGCAUUUCUGACAUCCCACUAAAACAUAUCCCCUUGACACUUCAGGUGCUAGAGUUGUAUGCCAAUGAGAUCUGCAGCCUUAGGGGAGUACGUGAACACCAUCUGCCUUGCCUACAGCACCUUGGUCUGGGUAGAAAUCCUUUGGGUUCCACUGAAGACCUCCAGUACAUUUCCAGCUCUUUCUGGCCACAGCUGGUAUCGCUUGACCUGAGCUGGUGUGGGUUUGAGAGGCUUGGUGCCAUGUUGGAGGCCGUGUCAACCUUGCCGUGCCUGCGGACACUUGUUCUGGAGGGAAACCCACUAGUGCUGAGCCCUGGUUACCCAGGCCUCAUGAUUGACCGCCUGCCUCGCCUCUUGUACCUGGAUGGCACUCGUGUUGGCCCUCAAGACCGCCAUCGCUUCAAAGGGCUGGCAACGCUCAAAGAUCUGGUGUUAGAUGAGGCUGUUGUGAAUGUGUCUUUUGGAGUGAUCCGAGGUGUUCCUCAGCCUCCCGUCCCUCAGAGCAGUGCCUCUGCUGACUUCCCCUUGGUCAGCUACAACUACCUCGUCACCUACCAGUUCCUCACAGACCAGAGACAAGGCUCAAUUUUGGCACAACUGGACUUAAAGGACCAAGAAACUGCCAACAGCUCUCAGGGAGAAGAGGUGCAUCAAGGGGUGGAUAUCACUCAGGCAGCCGUCAGCGCAGAUGCUCUUUUGAUGUCGGGGACUAGAGAUGAAUCAAAGGAUUCAUUGCCAGUGAUGAAGUACAGCAGUAUUGUUCACUCGUGGGCAGAGGCCAUGGAUUUGAAGCACUCAGACACACACCGGAUCAGAGAUCUGUCCACCCUGAAGAACUUCCUCCUGCAAGGCCUGUGGUUGAGCGUAGAGGAGGAGAAGGUCACUUCAUGGCCAGCAUCCUCCUCUGAGACACCAGGGGCCAAAUCAGCAACGGACAAAAAAGGAUCAGCAAAAGAGGAUAAGAAGAAGAAAAAAAAGAAGGAGUCUUUAUUGGAGCUUGUGCAGGAGCCUCCAGUUUACCAGUCUCUGGGUUCCACCCACCUGGACCUCCGAAACCUGGUGUUGGGUCAGGACAGUGUCCACCUGUUGUGUGAUCUUGGGGUCCUAGAGGCAACCUGUCAGACACAGCAGCAACAGGAACAAGGAAAGAAGGGAAAAGAAGAGAAGAGGAAAGAGGAGAAGAAAGUCAAACAAGGAGAUGCCAAAGGGAAAGGGAAGGCUCAUAAAGACGGAGAUGCAGAGCCUCCUGCAGAUGAUCGCACACCUACCCCAGUGCAGCCUCUGACAGUGGAAAUAAGCCUCGUCUUGGAGAAGUGGCAAUCCACGGCGCAGGCCACAAGCACCACACACGGUGCCCAACACUACACAACACAUCACAGUGCAUGAUACAAUUUAGACCUGCCAUCCGUGCUGUUGUUAUAACACAGGCAAUCAUCUCAUUUAUGGAGCAAUUAAAACAACUGUGCAAACACAAACAUAUGGACCAUAUUUGCCCUUUUGAGUUUGGGUUCAGUUGUCACACUAUGACAAGUACCUGGUGGCACCACCUUGACAGAAUAAAUGAACCUUUUACGUCAUAAUUGCUUGCAUUUGGUAACUUGUUUGCGUUAUUCAGUACCUCUCCCUAUAAUGUAAAGACCACAAUAAACCAAUGGGAGCAGGAAGGUAAAUAAAAAUCUCAAAUGGAGUAACAAGCACAAGGAAUAACUAAUAGUAUUAAUCAUGGAUAAGAAUGACCAUUGAUGUACAGUACUACGACAAGAAUCUAUACUACUGUAUGAUUUCUAAGAGGUCUUAUGUUUCAUCAGGUUGCCAAUAUGGUUAUGGCUGUUGCAUUGUUGUUAUUUGUAGCUUGCUUUGGACACAAGCAUCUGCUAAAUACUAUAACCAUGAUAAAGUCCCCUUGGGAUUAAAAUAACCCCACAUCAACACUAUACCAUUCACCAUACCAAGAGAUUGGUAUGGUUUUUAUUUCAGUUAGCCUAUUAGCUGGUUUCAUUCUCAUUGAGCUCAAUGCAAUUCAAAAUAAAAGUA